AUGGGGAACAAGCUGCUGCUUUUUGAUUAUUCAAUCAGAUUAGCUGGAUCAGAUUACUUAUGUUCUGGAAGAAUUGAAAUAUACCACAAUGGUGUCUGGGGAACAGUCUGUGAUGAUAGUUGGGACCUAAAUGAUGCUGAGGUGGCCUGCAGACAGCUAGGCUGUGGUCCUGCCUUGGAUGCUCCACAGUCUGCUCACUUCGGACAGGGGACUGGACAAAUCUGGCUUGAUAAUCUGGCCUGCUCAGGAAAUGAAACUUCUCUUGGAAUGUGUGGGCACAGGGGAUUUGGGAUUCACAAUUGUUUACACGGUGAAGAUGCUGGAGUCAUAUGUUCAAAUUAUUCAAUCAGAUUAGGUGGAUCAGAUAAAUCAUGUUCUGGAAGAAUUGAAAUAUACCACAACGGUGUCUGGGGAACAGUCUGUGAUGAUAGUUGGGACCUAAAUGAUGCUGAGGUGGCCUGCAGACAGCUAGGCUGUGGUCCUGCCUUGGGUGCUCCACAGUCUGCUUACUUCGGACAAGGGACUGGACAAAUCUGGCUUGAUAAUCUGGCCUGCUCAGGAAGUGAAACUUCUCUUGGAAUGUGUGGGCACAGUGGAUUUGGGACUCACAAUUGUGUACACGGUGAAGAUGCUGGGGUUAUAUGUUCAAAUUAUUCAAUCAGAUUAGGUGGAUCAGAUAAAUCAUGUUCUGGAAGAAUUGAAAUAUACCACAAUGGUGUCUGGGGAACAGUCUGUGAUGAUAGUUGGGAUCUAAAUGAUGCUGAGGUGGCCUGCAGACAGCUAGGCUGUGGUCCUGCCUUGGGUGCUCCACAGUCUGCUUACUUCGGACAAGGGACUGGACAAAUCUGGCUUGAUAAUCUGGCCUGCUCAGGAAGUGAAACUUCUCUUGGAAUUCUGCUUACUUCGGACAAGGGACUGGACAAAUCUGGCUUGAUAAUCUGGCCUGCUCAGGAAGUGAAACUUCUCUUGGAAUGUGUGGGCACAGUGGAUUUGGGAAUCACAAUUGUGGACACCAUGAAGAUGCUGGUGUCAUAUGUUCAACGUCUGAAAAGCCCAGAUAGAGAGACGAAGGGACUCCACUCCUACCUGCCCAUCCCGUUCCCCACUGUCCGACGCACCGGCUCGCUGAGCUGA